AUGGACAUGGCGCCUGACAGAAGACAGUUGCAAAGCAUGUUCCAGCAUGACAAGGAGUCCUUCAAGGAAUAUGCCCAGAGAUGGAGAGAAUUGGCUUCUCAGGUUGAACCACCUCUAGCCGAGAAUAAUUUGGCUGAACUAUUCAUCGACACUGCCCAACCCCAAUUCUAUGAGAAGAUGGUUGGAAGUGCUUCCUUGGGAUUCUCCGAGCUUGUUGCUAUAAAGGCUCGCGUCGAAUAUGGUUUAAGAAAUGGCAAGCUUGCGGCUGUAGCUGGAACUUCAAAAGCUAUUCCAAAGAAGUUCUCUGGAGGGUUUCCCAGAAAGAAGGAAAGGGAAACAAAUGAUGUGACUGUUGGCCAAGGAAGAGCCCCUCCAAGAAGGAGACAACAACAAUAUUCGCAACUGCAGUAUGCCUAUCAAGCGCCUCCAGCUUACCGACCAGCUCCAGUUCAACAACGUGCUGCGGUUCCUCUAGUUUAUCAACAAGCACCAGCAACUCCUGUCUAUCAACAACCGAGAGCUCAAGCUCCGAGGCAAAAUGCUCAAAACCAAAAUAGGAGGCAAGGGGAUAGGGCGACCUUCAAUCCAAUCCCAAUGUCGUACACUGAGCUUUAUCCCUCCCUGUUGCAAAAGGGUUUGGUGGUUCCCAGACCUAUGGGACCUCCACCUGAUCGUCUUCCUCCAUGGUACAACCCUAAUGCACACUGUCCUUUUCAUGAAGGUGCUCCCGGGCAUGACCUAGAAGGUUGUUACACUCUGAAGCAUAGGGUUCGUGAACUGAUUGAAAGCAAGAUCCUGUCCUUUAAGGAUAUGGGACCAAAUGUGAAGAACAAUACUCUUCCUCCCCAUGGAGAUCCUGCAGUAAACGCCAUUAAAGAUGCCUUUGUUGGUGUUAUGGUUGAUAAGGUGGAUGAUGUUAAGAUUCCUUUGGCAGCAUUCCAUGCCCGAUUGGUGGAAGUUGGCCUGAUUAAUGAUCGCCAUGACAACUGCGAAGAGUGUGCCACACACCCAAGAGGGUGUCAGAUGGUACGAGAUAAUAUCCAAAACUUGAUGAAUAAAGGAGUGCUGCAGAUAUCCAGCGUUAUGAAGAAUGAAGAUGUGUUGGUAAUUGAACAUUGCUUCAAUUUACCAGAACCAGUUGAGAUCCCAUAUUACAGUGGUGGAGUGGUUCCGGCGAAUAGUCAGCCGUUGCCUGUUGAGAUAUGUAUGCCCACGCCUUUUCCAUAUGAGAGCACCAAGGUCGUACCUUGGAAAUAUGAGAUUACCGCUGUGGACAAGGUUGUUAAAGGAAGUGCAAACAUUAAUGUGACAGAAUCUGUAAGUGAAGAUGUCACCAAUAUUACAGGAAUGAGCAGAAUGACCCGUAGUGGUCGAAUCUAUACGCCUGAAUUCAAUGUGACUCCUCAAGGUCCGGCCAAGGAAUCUACAGUUGCAGCUCCCACUAAAGAACCCGAAGUGGUCCAAUCCGAAGAUGAUGUCGAAUUCUUGAAGUUGAUUAAGAGAAGUGACUACAAGGUUAUGGACCAGUUGCAUCAAACACCAUCUAAGAUCUCUAUUCUGUCUAUGUUAUUGAACUCCAAAGCCCACAUGGAGGCUUUGUUGAAGGUGCUUGCCCAAGCUCAUGUAACGCAAAGCAUAACAGUAGACCAGUUUGAUGGGGUGGUUGCAAAUAUCACAGCUUGCAAUACUUUGAGCUUCAGUGGAGAGGAAUUACCCGAGGAUGGACACAAUCACAAUCGUGCUCUGCACAUCUCAGUAAAAUGCAAAGAUGAUGCUUUGGCAAGAGUCUUGGUUGAUAUCGGAUCUUCUCCGAAUGUUAUGCCAAAGAGAACACUCACCAAGUUUCUUAUCAAGGACCAACUAUGA